AUAAGUGUCAUCUGACGAAGGAGGAGAGAGAGAGAGAGAGAGGGAGAGGAAAGGGAGAAAAAUGGAGUGAUUCGGAGACUAAUACGCUCGAGAAAAGUUGGUUGGCAUUGGGAGGAAAUAAGGAAAGAUGACUGUGGACGACCGGUCUUUCUUCAGCAAGUGUGUGGUCCAGCUGGCUCGCACUCUGGCCAAAAUAAAGCCAACGCCACAAGAUAAGGUUGAGAAGCUCUUAUCCCUCUGUCCGGGGGAGAGCCAUGGAGGAGUUUACCGUGUGGACCAACGAGGACAAGAUGCUGUGGUUGCACUAGGAGUGUAUUUUCUUGAGUCUGGCCUGCAGCAUGAGGCCUUAAUCCUUCAGUACCUUCUCCGACUGCUUCGAGCUCUCCCGAAGGCUGUAUGGCUGGAUGAAAAGAAAAUCAACUUGACAGAUCGCAUACCAGUUGCUGAGCGUUUCAGCUUCUUGCUCACAACACUUCUGAGUGAUGUUGCAGCACAAAGUGAGACUGUGCGCGACGAGAUUAUCAAUACACAAAUCGAGGUUUUGUCAACCCUGACAAAUGGAAUCAUUAGGAAUGUGCGAGAUGACCAACUACGGUCAAGUAAUGCCAAGAUAUCCCUGUGCCGUGGGACAAUACCCGUUUUAUUGGGCCUGGCCCGUGCCCUAGGCAGAUCUACAUCGGGAAACCCUCUGUUUCUGCGCAUCUUCCCAGCUCCAACCAUCCCAACACCUGUGCCUGCGGAGACAACACAGAUGGCGAAGAAGAAAAGCUUCAGUAACUUUCGUCCCAUCAUUCCAAGGUCAUUGUCGUCCACCUUGCCCUCCUGUCCUGACGUGGUUUCACUCGUCAGUGUAGAUAGCGACCGGGACAUUGGUUUACGAGUCCCUGGAGGAGCCCCAAACAAACGACCCUCACUGCAGUCUCAACAGUCUGUUCCCUACGAUCCGAAGGUGUACUUCUUUCAGAAAUAUGGAUCCAGCUUUGGGGCAAGCUUGCCUCAGGUUGCCCAGUAUGAUCACACAUUAAUUUUCCCAGUGCAGCAUCUACAAACUGUUCUAGCCAAUGCAAAGAAGCUCUUGGCAAAAGAAGUACUGGCAGUACUUGAUGAGGUAUCACGUGAAGUUUUCAGCUCUGGGCAGAUCAAGAUGUUCCCAUACAGGACUCUGCGAGAGACCAUUAACUUGGUCAUGGUAACACUCUUAAGGGAACUUCUGGCUUAUCAGAAAGACUUGCCGGUGCCAUUUACAAGAGAUGUCCAAGACUUUGUGAAGAGCCUCUACCUGUCUGGGCAGACUGAACUUGCAGGACAGCAACAGGAAUCAGGGGAGAAGGAUGACCCUGCUGUGAAGACUCAAGCUGUUAACACAUUUAGGAUCAAUGUUCAGGCGAAUGCUGCUUGUGUUGAUCUGUUGGUAUGGGCUAUUGCUGAUGAGUCUGAUGCCGAGAGCCUCUGUAAUCGACUGACAGAAAAGCUCAACCUUCCUCAUGGCCAUCGACUGGUUUUAGCUCACAUGCCACUCCUUCUGGUAUGCUUAGAGGGUUUGGGAAAGCUAGCGAACAAGUUUCCAAAUAUUGCCGGGACCAGCAUAAAUUACCUGCAGGACUUCCUUGUCAGUCCAUCGCCAAUUCUUCUCAAACUGCACCGUCAGCAGUCCGAUUUCUUAACUCCCCAGCAAGGCAAUUUGACUGUCAAAGUAACUGGUGAUGGGGCAAACAGACCAGUCUCAGCCACAGCCACAGCCUUUGAGAAGCUGAGAGAUGCUGCUAUUGAGAACCUGUGUGUGGCUCUGAAGGCAGGUUUAACAGUGGACCCUAGCACAGUAUUAGCCUUCAUAUCCUCCAUAUCUGGAAGGGAAAAGGCUGGACAUGAUCGUCUUCCUGAAAGCGACAACAUUGUGAUCUCUCAUACGGUGGUAGUAGCAUUGGGACAUGUGGCAGUGGCACUGAAGGACUCACCCCGCACCACAGAAACCAUCCUGCACCAAUGUCUCCUCCAGCGCUUCUGUCGACCACCAUCCAUCCUCGAUACCCUAAUUGUUGAUCAGCUGGGGUGCAUGCUUCUGGCUAAGAAUGAUCCUAAAGUGUGUGAUGAGAUCAUGGAACAGUUUAGUAAGAUCAUCCUAGAGGCAAGCAGCGGGACGUAUGGUGUAGGUGCAGGCCAAGACCAGCGCAUGAAACAAUAUAGGCAUGUUGCUACUGCAGUCCACAAUGCUCUAGCAAAUAUUGCAGCAAAUAUUCAAGGUGAAGCUGAAAUGGACAAGCUAGUCAUGCGACUUCUAGAACUAUUUGUGAAGCUGGGUUUGGCAGCCAAACAAAAUUCAGAAAAGCAUCCUGCAGUCUUGAAGGCAUCAAGUAGUGCAGGGAACCUUGGUGUGCUCAUCCCCGUGAUUGCCGUGUUGGUUCGCCGUCUUCCGCCAAUCAAAGAGCCAAAACCUCGUUUGCUGAAGUUGUUCCGAGACUUCUGGCUUUUCUGCAUUGUGAUGGGCUUCACUCAGCAGGAAUCAGGGUUAUGGCCUGCUGAAUGGUACAUGGCUGUGUGUGAUAUUGCCGUCACAUCUCCUCAGCUACUGUCUCGAACCCAGCAUCGCUCAGAAAUGAAAGAGCUCUAUUAUACUUACGCAGUUCGUGAUGAGUCAGUGUCAGUGGGAGAAUUAGGGGAACUACGACAACAAAUCCUCAGUCUCCUCGAGCAUCCUACAGAUGUCACCCCAGUUGUCAACAAGUUAUCUUUCGCCCAGUGCAUUUAUGUGCUGUCUGUAUAUCGAGUAGAAGCUCUCAGAGUAAGGAGCUCUACGGAGACAAGUUUUAUGCCAAUGUUUGAGUACCUGCUGGACCCAGCCAUCCAGAACGACAAAUGUGAUAUGUGGACUUGCAUCAACAGAGUGAGUGAGAAAGUAUUCAACAUAUUCCUUGAGCAAGUGAGUCACCAGCCUCGAGAUGAAAGGCAAGAAAAGCUCUUGGUGCUCCAUGCGCAGUUUCUUCUGACACACUUCAACCAUACCCAGGCACAAAUCAGGCGUGUGGCUGACAAGCUGCUGUCAAAACUUGUUGACAGGUUCCCGCAGCUCCUGUGGAAUGGCAAUGUGUUGCGGACACUCCUAGACAUUCUGCAGGUGCUGGGCUACUCUCUCCAGCUAGACCCUAAUGAUGCUAACCCAACUAUUCCUAUUCCUGAUACACCUUUUAGCAUCACGCUUAUGGAUACACUUGAGUACAGGGAGAGAACUGUGAGCGACUUUGCAGCGCGUUGCCAAGGUAUCCUUCAAGAGGCUAUGAAAUGGGCUCCAGAGGCAACACGCUCCCACCUGCAGAACUACCAGACACACAUCGAUCAGUCCAAUUUAACAUCGCACUCUGGCUUGGCCCUGGCUACUCAGUCAGUCAUGCAAUAUGCGGGUCUUGGGACUCCUACACACAUGAGCCACACUGCAACCAUGGACAAGCGUAACAAAGGUGUGACAGACCUCACCUCCUCCUUCAUGAAGUCGUUAAGCCUGAGAACACACUAUCAGGGUGAGAUAUCAGGGUUGCUUCUCAUGGUGAGAGACGAGAUUCAACGAGAACAGCUGAUCGCCAAGCUCCUUGGUGACAUCAAGGUGGCUUGUGAGAAGAAGAAGGAGGUAGACUUCAGACAGGGACUCUGGAGGGCAACUGGGCUUAUGAUUUUCUCAGAAGGUAUCAACCGCAGGCUUCUUCGUCACAUUUGCUCUGCGUGCCUAGACAUGUUCACAGAAGAUGCCAUGGAAAACAGCGUGGCUUGCUGGCAGUGGAUACUCUCAGCACGCCAUGACAUGACACUUCCCUUUAUGCAGGAGAUGAUAACAGCUUGGCAGGAAAGUGUUGCUCGACGCUUGGGCCUGUUCUCACGUCAAAUAGAUGAAGUGAAUCCACUUGCAGCUUACGAAGGCUGUAAUCUUGAGCCUAGGGUGCCUCAGGUUGGCCCACAUGACAUAUGGAUAAAGUUCAUCAGUGAGCGAAUAGAAAUUGCAAAAUACGACAGUGAUGCCCAGGUGGCCAUGUUUGCAUGCAUGUUCCAUAGGACACUGCACAUGACUGUUGGAAAUCCAGAUUCCAAGAUAAACCGCCACAUUGGAGCCAUUGGCACACGUUUUCGCCUGCUCUCAUGUGCACUAGCCCUAAUUCAAGGUGAUACUAUUCCCAAGUCCCUUAGCAAGAACGUUCUUCGAGAGCGUAUUUACUGUGCCUGCCUAGAUUAUUUCUGUGCUGCCCGAGGAUGUCCCACACAACGACCAGCCUGCCUCCAGGAAGAUAUCAAUGCUCUUCUAAACUUCUGGAAUGCUCUUCAUGCUGACAAGAAGUAUCUGAAGACUAGUGUCAUUGGAGACUUCACCUCUUAUCAGUAUGGAGGAGGUGCUUCUCUCUCCCCAUCCAUGGCCUCAGACCUGAGAUCAACAUCAGGAGAGUUUGUUGUUAAUAAUGCUGGGUGGAUCAACACUGUCCCACUCUCGUCGAAUACUUCUACACUCUCCAAGAGAUCAAAUCGCAGCAAAAGAAUGGUUAAUCCUGAUGUCUACGUGAAGGACUAUCUCAAGAAGAGGGCACUUAUCCUCUCCUUGCUGGCAGUGGAGAUUCAGGCCCUGAAGGUAUGGCUGCAGCCACCACAACCCACUGGCCAAGGAGGAGAGGUGACAACGCCACAGGAAGAAGCCCUGGUCAAGUGGUUGUCUGGUGGUUUCAACAGCCAGAAAGCCUGGAGUGGAAACACAAACCUUGCGUGGAGCAUUUCACCAGCACUAGCCGUUUAUUUGUCUACUAGAAUCCAUAAUGUCCAAGGACUAGAUACCGAGAUCAGCAACCUUGUCCGUGAAAACCCCAUAGCUGUUAGUCACCUUGGGGAAGCUCUCCAGUAUUUGGCGACUUCAGAAAACAUUCUUUCAGACAUCCCAGAGCUAAAUUACAUGUUGACAUGGGCUCCAGUGCCACCUGUCAAGGCACUGGCAUAUUUCUCAAGGCAGUAUCCACCUCACCCCCUAACUGCCCAGUAUGCUGUUAGAGUGUUGUCCAAUUAUCCUGCAGAUACCAUUCUAUUCUACAUCCCACAGCUGACACAGUCACUUAGAUAUGAUACUAUGGGUUAUGUAGGUGAGUUCAUAAAGUAUGCAGGCAAGAAAUCUCAGCUGCUGUGCCAUCAGCUGAUCUGGAACAUGCAAACUAACAAAUUCAGGGAUGAAGAAGGACAUGAGAAAGAUGUGGAUUUGUUUGAAGUGUUUGAGAAUUUGGAGAAGUCCUUGAUAAGCCAGUUUGCAGGGACGGCUAAGCAGUUUUAUGAGAGGGAGUUUGACUUCUUCGGGAAAGUUACUAACAUAUCGGCAAUCAUCAAGCCAUAUCCAAAAGGUAUUGAGAGAAAGAAGGCAUGCUUAGAGGCACUCAAGGCAAUCAAAGUGGAGCCGGGAUGCUACCUGCCCUCAAAUCCUGAAUCGGUUAUCUUGGACAUUGAUCGAAACAGUGGAACGCCAAUGCAGAGUGCUGCCAAAGCUCCAUAUUUGGCAAGGUUCAAGGUGCGCCGUUGUGGUAUCAAAGAGCUGGAGAAGCAAGGAAUGGCCGUCAGCUCUGGGCAGGAGGUUGACGUAAACAUAGGUCCUGAAGUUUGGCAGGCUGCUAUCUUUAAGGUGGGAGAUGAUGUACGACAGGACAUGCUGGCUCUUCAGGUAAUCUCCAUUUUCAAGAACAUCUUCCAGACAGUGGGACUGGACUUGUUCCUCUUCCCAUACCGUGUCGUGGCCACCUCCCCUGGGUGUGGUGUGAUUGAGUGUGUUCCCAAUGCUAAGUCUCGGGACCAGCUGGGCCGAAGUACAGACACUGGGAUGUACGAGUAUUUCAUCAGUGUAUAUGGGGACGAAAAUUCUCACGCUUUCCAACAAGCACGGUCCAACUUUGUAAAGUCCAUGGCAGCGUAUUCCCUGGUGGGCUUCUUGUUGCAGAUCAAGGACAGGCAUAAUGGCAAUAUCAUGUUGGAUACUGCAGGACACAUCAUUCAUAUUGAUUUUGGCUUCAUGUUCGAAAGUUCACCCGGUGGCAAUCUUGGAUUUGAACCGGACAUCAAGUUGACCCAAGAGAUGGUGAUGAUCAUGGGCGGAAAAGUAGAAGCAGCACCUUUCCGUUGGUUCGUCGAGCUUUGCAUCAAGGGAUACUUGGCUGUCAG